AUGCGCGCUGCCUCACUGUUCACCUUGAUGGCGGCUACGGUCUCGACGCUCGUUACGGCUGCACCUCCUGCACCGGGGGCAGCCGUGUGUGCCGAUUUGGCCAAGGCCUUCCCCGCCACCUCUGGCAACGAUGCAGUACUCACCUCUUCCGACGGUCAACCCUACACGGCGGCUCAAACCGCGGGAUUCAACCCGCUCAACAACAAGCUCGCCCCGGCAUGCAUUGUGCAGCCGACGUCGCAGGCGCAGGUAGCCACCGUCAUGAAGUCGAUCUACCGUCACCAGGCCAACUAUGCCGUGCGCUCGGGCGGGCAUACUGGUAUGGCUGGAUGGGACAGCGUCCAGAACGGCGUGCUCAUCGACAUGUCCAAACUCACCGACUUUUCGUUCAACGUGAAGCCCGGAACGAUCUUUGUUGAGCCCGGGCUGCGGUGGGGCGAUAUCUACAAGCGUGCGGCCGAGUACGGUGUGGCACCCAUGGGUGGCCGAGUCCAGCAUGUGGGCACGGGGCUUGUGCUGGGUGGAGGGCUGAGUUUGCUCUCGCCCCAGUAUGGCUAUGCGUGCGAUGGGUUGGUGUCGGCAGAGAUCGUUAUGGUCGAUGGAAGCACCCGCCGUGUGACAGCCGAGACGGACCCGCAACUCUUCCGUGCAAUCAAGGGCGGUGGUGGAAGGUUCGGCAUCGUAACGAGGUACGAGCUCAAGGCCUACCCGACGGGCACGAAUGACGACAAGAACUGGUACGGCGGUUCCAUCACCGCACUCACCCCCGAGGGCAUGGAUCUUAUGGUGCAGUACACCGAAAAGUUCGUCGCAGCCACCGACGAUCCCAAGGCCACUCUGCUCACCAACGUCGGCAUGCUCAAGCAAAACGGCGCUCCGCUCUACCUCGGUUCGGGCUUCCUCUUCUACAAGGGCACGCAGGACGACUUCAACGCCGCAUUCAAGGACUUCCUCUCCAUCCCCGGUAUUAUUGCUCAAACUCAGCCCAUGAGCUACCUCGAGGCUACCGCCGUUACGCCGCUGGGCUGGGCACCCACCCAGGCGUACAAGUGGCUCGGCGGAUCGCUCUACCCCAACUCAUCCCCCAAUGGAUGGCAGGCUACAUGGGACAACGUUAAAGCCUUCCUGCACAGGAACGAGGCCGUGCUUGAGUCGGCCUUCUUCUCGCUCACCCCCGUCAAGACGAAUCAGAUCGAACAGGGAUACCAGAACGGCGGAAACGCGAUUGCGCCCCCGAGGGGAAAGAGCUACGUCCACUGGCUCUUUAGCAACAUCCUCGCUCCCGGCACCACCGCUUUCCCCCAGGCGCUCGAGAACGAUCGAAUGGCAUUCUUGCAGCAGAAUCCCAGCAGCCCAGGUCUGCCUCUGUUCCUCAACGAGGUGGAUGCGACGCAGAAGACGUUCCAGUCGUACGGAUGGUUCCCCCAGCUGCUCAAGCAGUACUAUAAGGCCGACCCCACCGCAUUCAGCAUGCGAAAGCAACAGGGUCCCACCUUCUGGUAA